UCUCCUUUUCUACCAAUCCCAUCUCGGUAACUGAUUCUUCUGCUCUUCAGCCUCUGCUCUCUUGCUUCUCCUUAUACGUACAUAUCUAUAUAUACGGCUACGCAACCUUCUAUAUAUACACUCGAAUACCCACAUCGCAAAUUCACCCGUAUCACCAACCAUUCCCCAGCCAUGGAUCCUCAUGGGAGAUCUCUCACCUUGUUCGUCCUGCUUUCGUUGUUUUCAAUCUCCCUCGCCUUGGACAUGUCCAUUAUUGAUUACAAUAUCGGGCAUGGACAAAACCCACAACCAGAAAGAACCGAUGCUCAAAUUCGAAGGAUGUACGAGAUGUGGCUGAUGAAGCAUGGCAAAGCCUACAAUGCUUUGGGAGAGAAGGAGAAGCGGUUUGAGAUCUUCAAGGACAAUCUUAGAUUCAUCGACGAACAUAACUCUGUGAACCGGACUUACAAGGUUGGUUUGAACCAGUUUGCCGAUCUGACCAACGAGGAGUACCGGGCGAGGUUCUUGGGUACGAGGAUGGAGAGGAAGAAUAGAUUGGGUGCGGGCAGGAGUCAGAGGUAUUUGUUCAAUAAAGGAGAUGAUUUGCCGGAGAAGGUUGACUGGAGAGAGAAAGGAGCUGUUGUCCCUGUCAAGGAUCAAGGCCAGUGUGGGAGUUGCUGGGCUUUCUCGACUAUUGGUGCAGUGGAAGGGAUAAACCAGAUUGUAACUGGUGAUCUAAUCUCUCUGUCAGAACAGGAGUUAGUAGACUGUGACACAUCUUAUAACCAGGGAUGCAAUGGAGGUCUCAUGGACUAUGCCUUUGAAUUUAUUAUCAAGAAUGGUGGAAUUGAUACAGAAGAAGAUUACCCUUAUAAGGCUACUGAUAAUCUGUGUGAUCCAAAUAGGAAAAAUGCUAAGGUCGUCACAAUUGAUGGAUAUGAAGACGUUCCUGAGAAUGAUGAGAAUUCGUUAAAGAAAGCUGUAGCACAUCAACCUGUUAGCGUUGCCAUAGAAGCUGGUGGCAGGGCUUUCCAGCUUUACCAAUCGGGUGUUUUUACUGGAAGAUGCGGAACGCAGCUGGACCAUGGUGUGGUUGCUGUUGGAUAUGGUACAGAGAAUGGUGUAGAUUACUGGAUUGUGAGGAAUUCAUGGGGUCCUGAAUGGGGAGAGAAAGGUUAUAUCAAGUUGGAGCGCAAUGUGGCUAGCACAACAACCGGAAAGUGUGGGAUUGCUAUUGAAGCUUCAUAUCCCACCAAGAAGGGUGCUAACCCCCCUAAACCUGGUCCCUCCCCUCCAUCUCCAGUUAACCCUCCACCUCCAGUAAGGCCCCCAACUGAAUGCGAUGAUUACUACUCAUGUCCUGAGGGAAAUACUUGCUGCUGUAUUUAUGAAUACAGUGGCUUUUGCUUUGGAUGGGGAUGCUGCCCACUGGAGUCUGCAACCUGCUGUGAUGACCAUUACAGCUGCUGCCCUCAUGAGUAUCCCAUCUGUGACCUUGAAGCUGGAACCUGCCGAAUGAGCAAGGAGAAUCCAUUGAGCAUAAAAGCAAUGCGACGAGAUCCUGCAAAAAGAACCCACCAUGGUGGUAACACGGCUUUCGGCAGGAUCUAUUAGGGUCUGGGCGACAUUGAAGUGAAGAAGGUGCAAUGGGGCAGCGUUUCAUGCUUGAUGACCUAGCCAUCUGCAGAGGAGCUUAGGUUACAGAGAAAGCUUCUUUCAUUGCACAGACAGAAUAUGUGCAUCAGACCCUAUUUAAACCGUUAAGGAAUGUUUAUUGCUUUUCAGUUUCUUGGUGAUUACUGUAAAUAUUCAUUGCUGCUGAAGCAGAUAACAAAAACGCUAAGAAGGAUACAUUUCACCUAAAUUUGUAUAGUCACCAACCGUUGAUUAUCAUCAUUUAUGGUUGCUGAUGUAUUACAUAUCUGUGUCCACAUAAAUCACAAUUCAGACGAUAACAAUUGUUGGA